AUGGUGUGCACAGAAGAGCUCCUGGUGGUCGAAAUCAAAUCAUCUCCCAGAUCGGCGUGCGGGCUGAAGCAGCGGCAACCACCCACAUCCGCGAACCCUACUACGGUCCGGACACCGGAGAGGGGCCAACAUGAUGUCAUCCAGUCUUCACAGCAGCCGCCAACAGCGAGACUCAUGGACACGCUGGGGGACACUCAUGGAUUCCUUCCCGUCCACUCCUUCCUUCCACAUGUGGAAGCUCAGGCAGAGAGAAGUCAAGUCGCUUGCCCAAGGAAUAGGAGCUCCAGAGGACUGAGCCUCGUGCCCCUAGAUGCACAGCCAGCUGGCAAGCGGCUGAGUCUUAGCACUGGAAAGGACUCACAGCGCCAACUCACCCACAGGCAGAAUUUUAUUCCCAGAGAGUCAAGAAACUUGCCUGAGGGUUUGGAUUCAGCAGAUGGCUCUGAGGCUCAGGAACUGCUGUUUUUAAAAUGCCACUCUCGUGAUCAUCCAGAAUUGGGGAUCGCUGGUCCAGGCCUGAAGGGACCAGGGAACAGAGCAGAGUGGCCAGAACCUAGUGAGAGCUGGAACCCAGACAGAGGGCCGCACAGCAGGACCUGCAGCCAUUGGCACGAAAUGGGCAGAAAAGAGCACAACAUUCCUCAGGAAGGUCGACUGGAGGAUCCCCAGCAUACUCACCCACGAGGAACAGAAAGCCAUGGACAUCAACAAUAAUCCAUUGGAAAAAACCAGAAAUGUAAGGAGCUGAGGUGCAGAAAUCAGUUAAUCUUCUUAGUCUUCAGCUAUUCUGACCUUUCUGGAACGUUGCGCUUUCAUUAAUUCAUUUAUCAAAUACUUGA